UUAACAUUAGACUUUCUCCUUAAAGUCCAUCCGAAACUAGCGCUAAAUACAACUAAAAACAACACAUGCAGAGCUGUAAAACCUGACUGAGUGUAUCACGUUUGUCCCAGGAGAGAUUGAAUCUCAAGGAGUGUGAGGAGAGAGCCAAUUACAGCUGAUAGUCAGCAGCUGUGUCUGGAUGACAGGACUUCAAACACCCUCUGAAGCACAUGCAGUCUUUUCUCUGGGUGACUGAAGCAAUGGAAGCUGUUUGGGCCUUGCUUAUUUGUGCGCUGACCUCCUGGUUUACCAAAGGCUCGUGUUUGCCAGUUGGUGGUCCAGAGGAAAGGCGUGAUGAUGGACUGCACGGCAGAAUGAGCGACAUGUUUCCCAAUGAUCUUGCCAUUAAGAAGGCCCUUGGACUCUUCCAGUCAGUGGAGUCCAUGUUGCUGCAACGUGCUAAAGAAGUACAACUGGAAACCAAUGAAGUGGAGGCGGAGGUAUCAGUUGGCCACCUGAAAUCUACACGACCUGUUAGCAGACUAAAGGACCUCAAAAACGACAACGUGACGGCCAGUGACAAUGUGACAACCAGCGACAAUGUUACGGCCAGCGACAACGUGACAACCAGCGACAAUGUGACAACCAGCGACAAUGUAACGGCCAGCGACAAUGUGACAACCAGCGACAAUGUGACAACCAGCGACAACGUGACAACCAGCGACAACGUUACGGCCAGCGACAACGUGACAACCAGCGACAACGUGACAACCAGCGACAAUGUGACAACCAGCGACAAUGUUACGGCCAGUGACAAUGUGACAACCAGCGACAACGUGACAACCAGCGACAACGUGGCGACUGGGUUCAGGGCUGACAACCUGUCAGUUAAUGACAGGCGUGCAGAGAGCAGGAAAGUUGCUCAAAGUGGAGCAGCGCCUGCAGCUGGAAGAGACAUUAUUGAUCUUGGACCUUUAGAGCUCAAACCACAUCAGGAUCUAACACGGUCGCACUGACAGUCCAUCUAAAAGUAGAGAAGAGGUUUCAGGACCCAUGUGCAUCACAGAUGUGUCUACGUGUACCUGACUUAUCUCUCUGUUUUUGAAUAAAACUUUUUAAAAGAA